CAGGUACCAACUGAUGGGGGUACUGGAUUGCUGGCAGCGGAACCACAGAUCGCUAUGUUCUGUGACAAGCUGAACAUGCACAUGAACGUACAGACUGGCAAGUGGAUAUCAGAUCCUUCCGGAACGAACAGCUGCUUUGGCACCAAAGAAGGAAUCUUGCAAUACUGUCAGGAGGUUUACCCUGACUUACAGAUCACCAAUGUUGUGGAAGCCAACCAGCCAGUCACAAUCCAGAACUGGUGCAAAAAGGGACGUAAGCAGUGCAAAGGCCACCCUCACAUUGUGAUUCCCUAUCGGUGUCUGGUUGGUGAAUUCGUAAGCGAUGCUCUCCUUGUCCCAGAUAAGUGCAAGUUUCUGCAUCGGGAGAAGAUGGACACAUGUGAGAACCACCUAUACUGGCACACUGUGGCUAAAGAGGCCUGCGGUGACAAGACCAUGAACCUGAAGGACUAUGGUAUGCUGCUUCCUUGUGGAAUUGACCAGUUUCGUGGCGUGGAAUUUGUCUGCUGUCCCAUUUCAGAAGAAAAUGAGAAGGUUGACUCGGUGGAUGUGGAUGAGGAAGAUUCGUACAUUUGGUGGGGUGGAGCUGAUGCUGAAUAUUCAGAUGGCGGGGACAAAGUGAUCGAAGAGGAGCCCAUGGAUGAGGAGGAAGAGGUGGACAUCGAGGAUGAUGAUGAUGAGGAGGAGGACGAGGAUGAUGAAGAUGAUGAUCAGUAUGAGGACCCCACUGAACACACCACCAGCAGCACCACAACCACCACAGAGGCCAUUGAGGAAGUAGUGCGAGAAGUUUGCUCUGAGCAAGCGGAGACUGGGCCCUGCCGAGCGAUGAUUCCCCGGUGGUACUUUGACAUUGGUGAAGGAAAAUGCGCACAGUUCAUUUACGGAGGCUGCGGAGGGAACAGGAACAACUUCGACUCGGAAGAGUACUGUCUGUCAGUCUGUAGCAGCGUCAUCCCUGCUACAGCCGCCAGCACUCCAGACGCUAUAGACCAGUAUCUCGAGACCCCGGGAGAUGAGAAUGAACAUGCUUAUUUCCAGAAGGCAAAGGAGAGGCAGGAAGCCAGACACAGAGAGCGCAUGUCGCAGAUAAUGAGGGAGUGGGAAGAAGCAGAGCGUCAAGCUAGAAAUCUGCACAAGGCUGACAAAAAGGCUGUCAUUCAGCGUUUCCAGGAGAUGGUGGAAUCACUGGAGCAGGAGGCAGCGAGCGAGAGACAACAAUUGGUGGAGACCCACAUGGCACGAGUAGAAGCCAUGCUGAAUGACAGGCGCCGCAUUGCUCUGGAAAAUUACCUUGCUGCACUGCAGGCUGAUCCACCACGACCCCGACAUGUUCUCAAUGCACUGAAGAAGUAUAUCCGGGCUGAGCAGAAAGAUAGACAGCACACUUUGAAACAUUUCGAGCACGUCCGCAUGGUAGACCCAAAGAAAGCGGCUCAGAUCAAAUCGCAAGUAAUGACUCACCUGCGUGUGAUUGAUGAGCGCAUGAACCAGAGCCUGUCUCUGCUUUACAAGGUCCCAGCAGUUGCGGAGGAGAUCCAGGAUGAAGUUGAUGAACUACUUCAGAAAGAACAAAGCUACAUCGAUGAUAUGGUGGCCAACUCUGUGAGCGACACGCGAGUCAGCUACGGCAAUGACGCCCUGGUCCCCUCGCUCUCCGAGACCAAGACUACAAUCGAGCUCCUCCCGGAUCAAGGAGAAUUCACGCUGGACGAUCUGCAGCCCCUGCACCCAUUCGUCGUAGACUCCAUCCCUGUCAACACGGAGAAUGAAGUCGAACCAGUUGAUGCCCGCCCUGCAGCAGACCGAGGACUGACCACUCGACCAGGCUCAGGGCUGACUGGCAUCAAGACCCAAGAGAUCGCUGAGGUGAAGAUGGAGACUGAAUUCAGGCAGGAUUCUGGAUACGAGGUGCAUCAUCAGAAACUUGUGUUUUUCCCGGAAGACGUGGGAUCCAACAAGGGAGCCAUCAUCGGCCUGAUGGUCGGUGGUGUUGUCAUAGCGACUGUGAUUGUCAUCACCCUGGUCAUGUUGAAAAAGAAGCAGUACACGUCCAUCCAUCACGGCGUUAUCGAGGUGGACGCAGCCGUGACCCCAGAGGAACGGCACCUCUCGAAGAUGCAGCAGAACGGGUACGAGAACCCGACAUACAAGUUCUUUGAGCAGAUGCAAAACUGAGCGUCCCCCCCACCCCACGUCACAGCGGGUUGGGACCCGCUCUCCUCAGAUGGACCGACCGCAUCUUAAAUCGCUUGUACCAUUGGGUGUCCGGGGCGCGCCCAUGGCUCGCUCCUUACAUUUACUCUGCUCAUUCUCGCCUUUUUUUGAACAGCUGUGCUGUAAAACACAAGUAGAUGCCUGAACGGGAGGAAAUUUAAAAUUUAAAAAAAAAUACACGAGUGUAUUCUUGACGAGCAUUUUAACUGUUAAACACUACGUUAUCUAUCGAUGAAUGUUUUUUGUGAAUUGUUAGGGGUUAACCUGUAUCUAGUGCAUGAUUAUCUUCGUGUCUCUCUCCUCUCUCUCUCCGAUUGUUAUUUAUCAUGUAGCUUGUUAGCAAGGGUUUGCACCGUUUAUCUUUGUGAUUUGUGGAGAUUAACGAGUCCUUUUAAAUUGCGACGUGCUUCGAAAUAGCUGUGCUGCAUUUGGGGAGGCUGGGGGUGGGUGGGUGGGUGGGUGGGAGGGAGGAAGGGCGGGCGUGGGGAUUGCUUCUGUCUUGGUGGGUUUACCCGCUUUGCAGGUGAGCGGAUACCAUGCUGGUUUGGUAUUUUUCUUUGUCUCUUGACGGGGUGGGGAGGGCGGGGGGCGCGGGGAGGGAAAGAAAGCCGGCUUUUUACUAUGCAGUAAAACUGUGAUGCGUUAGGUGUUUGAUAACUAAUUCCAGGUGACACGACGGAAACAUUUCUUUUUUGUUGCCCUCAACCCCCCCCCCCCACCCCUUCUACUUUUCGCGAGAGAGCUGCUGUUGAGCUGAAAGCUUUUACCUUCAACGCUGUACAGUGUGUGUGAGCUCUGCUUUAAACGUGUGCCUGUGUUUGUGUUACCAUUUCCAGCAUCACUCAACACUAGGACCCUUCUGCCACGUGUAACCUUUGAUAAGUUUUUGAAUGUAACGUGUGUCCCUGUGACCCGCAAACUUUACCACCCCACCCGCUCCACCGAUGCCUCACUCCCCUCCCACCACCCCCACCCUACGCUCCUACCCCUCUCCCGUUCUUUCCCUCCCCCCACCCCGACUUCCCUGUCUGUGGCUCAAAAAUAGCAACCCAAACCAUCUCACAAGGACUUGCUGGAAAUAGGUGUGUAUAUACUGAGACACAUUCUCAGUCGCUAGAUGGGAUGUACAGAUGUUGCUUUAAGAAUGGCUUUCUACAACGUAUUACAUAAAUAAAUUUAAACACGAUUCUUACGAAAAAAAAA